AUGGCUCCAACUGGAAUUGCUGCCCAAAACAUUGGCGGUUCAACUAUUCAUUCCACAUUACGAAUCACCUUCAACGAACGAGGAUUUCACACCCUUGCAUUUCAUGAUGAUGAAUUAAAUAAUUUUCUUCUUCAAAUCGAUACUCUCAUUAUCGAUAAAGCCUCCAUGAUAUCAGACCAACUCCUGACAUACAUCUCUGAACUUUUCGAAUUCCUACACAAAAACAACAAUCCAUUUGGAGGUAUAAACAUCAUCUUAGUCGGUGACUUAGCACAACUACCUCCAGUCUCCGGUUCCUCUAUCUAUCAAUCUCUAAUAUGGAAACUUUUUUACUCGUUAUUUCUCCGUGAACCUCAGAGACAAAAUCAGGACAUAGAAUUUUUCAACCUACUACAGAAAAUCUGCAUAGGUAAAAUUGACAAUGAAACAUGGCACCUACUAACUCAGAAAAAAAACAAUACUCUCCAAUCAUCUGAAUUAAACACCACUCUAAACACCAUAUACAUAGUAGGAUACAGAGAAAAUGCAGACCUAAUUAAUAGACUAAUAUGCAUUAUGAUUCCUACACAAAAAAACAAAUUCAUGAUCUCAAAUUGUAUUGACAUUGUUAACAAUCAAAUAUGCAACGAUAACUCAAGACUUAACGAUUUCAAAAACAAAACAAAUUUACCUAAAUCAAUUAGGAUCCAACCAGGUGCAAGAGUCAUAUUUCUUAAUAACUUCCAAUACCAACAUCGAAUAGCAAAUGGCACCAUAGGUGUCAUUACAGACCUCGACCUAGACUCAGACCUUGUAUAUGUUAGCUUCUGCAUAGAAGGAGCCAUAAUAAAUGUUUCAUUUUCUAAAUUUACCUGUAAUUUUAACAUAAAUGGCAUACCUGCUAGCCAUACCCAAUUCCCAAUACAAAACGCAUUCGCCUUAACUGUCUAUAAAACACAGGGGCUUACGCUUCCCGAUGUAUCAUUAAAUCUAAAUAAUCAAAUAUUCGCACCUGGACAAGCUUAUGUAGCGCUAAGUCAUUGCACUAAAUAG